UCAUAUCAAAACAUACAUAUAACUACUACUACUAAACUAAGGCUCAGUUCAAUUCUGGCUGAUCCUGGUUUACUGAUGUUGUCAUCGUUGCAGAUUGAGGUGACCAUAUAUUUGGUAUGUUUGGCACUCGGUGGUCCAUUAAAUGUACUGUCAUUAAUUUCCACAGUACGUAACUAUCGUAAAAAUCCGCGUUAUCGAAGUCAAUUUUUGUUGCUUCGAAUGCAUCUGAAUAUUGCUGAUUCAAUAACAUUGUUCGUCUAUACGUUAACACAAAUUAUUUGGCUGUCCACAUAUCAGGUUUGUUGA